AUGUUCGCCCGCCGCAUUGCCACCAACCUUCCCCGCGUCCGCGCUGCCCCCUUCCACAGCACCUCGCGCAACCUCGUCCAGAAGGGCGACGCCAUUCCCAACCUAGACGUCCUAGUCGAGAACUCUCCCGGCAACAAGAUCAACCUCGCCAAGGAGAUUAAGGGCAAGGCUGUUAUCAUUGGCACCCCCGCCGCCUUCAGCCCCGCCUGCUCUAGCACCCACGUCCCGGGAUACAUCAACCACCCCAAGCUGAAGGAGGCCGGUCAGGUCUUUGUCGUUUCCGUCAAUGAUCCCUUUGUGACCCAGGCUUGGGGCGUUUCCCUGGACCCCCAGGGCAAGAGCGGUGUCCGCUUCCUCGGCGACCCUACCGGCAAGUUCACCGAGGCUCUUGACCUGAGCUUCGACAGCGUUGCUAUCUUCGGUAACAACCGCAGCAAGCGCUAUGCUCUGCUGGUCGAGGAUGGAAAGGUCAAGGAGGCCUUUGUCGAGCCCGAUAACACUGGCGUUAACGUCUCGGCUGCUGAGAAGGUGCUCGGAUAA